AUGUCUCAACAGCACUGUUGUUUUCCUCCGAUCAUAAGUGGAGGAAGUGUAGAAAUCGUUAAGAUGGAAAUAACUACAGAAAAGUUUCUAUAUAAGGAACCUUUUCGUUUCCCGAUGGAAAUGAAUGGCCAACGCGCAUGCAUUCACAACGACCAUCGUCAAUCCAGCAAACAAGUCAAGCAUCGGCACAGAAAUGUCCUCCCUGGAGGGCAUUCACUAUGCAUGAAUCCAAACGCACGCCUAUCUCUGAAUACAGCAACUGGUCACAAAGAAAGAAGUCCACACAACAAGAAAUACUCAGCGUUUUAUUUUAAUGUCCGUGAUUUAAGAUCUACAAUUGUAUUGUUGUUGAAUUUUAUUUUAUCGGGUGUUUUUGGCGUAGGUCAAAAGCGCCUUUUAAUUUGUUACAAAUUUUUAUUUCAAUGUUUUAAAUCAAAAAAAUAUGGUAGUGAAGUGUGCGCAUUAUGUGAUUGUCAAAUAAAGAAGACGGCUUUACUCACUUGUUUCAAAUAA